AUGUCUCGUACAGCCUUUCUCGUGGGCGAUAACUGUGGCCAGUUAAAGUCUGUUUCUUUUGAUAUGCAAAGCAUAUUAGAUAGUGGUGGUAUAUUGAAUGGCCAAGAUACUUCGCUGGUCCCCAACACGAAUACAAUCUUGACCCCUUCGCAAUAUUUGGAGUCCGCUUCGAACGCAGCAGUUUCGAUUAAAAAAAUUUCAACUCUACAAGGCGAUGCCUCAUUGGUCUAUUUCACCCAGCAAUUAACCGCUAUUUCCAACGAAUUUCUCGCCAAAAACAUAUCGAUGACUGAUGGAAAUGCAAAUAAUGCUGUCCAUGACAGCGAUAGCGAAGCCCAUGAUGAUAAUGAUGCUGACGAUGAUGCGGAUGUGUGGGAUACGCUUGAAUCGAUUAAAAAAGUUGAAUAA